AAUAAAAUGUAAUCAAUCCAAAAUCUUCACGACAACAUGUAUUAUUAAGCAAAUGAUCUAAAUAAAACAAAAAAAAUUUAAAAACCAGGAACCAACACAAUAAUGUUUAAACAAUUUUUUUCAUAAUCUUUAAUUUAAUAUCGUCUUCAGCCAUCGUCACCUCGUUUCGUUAUUUUAUUGAAGUUUGGUUGGUAAAACUAUUACCUACGUAAAAUGAAUUCGAAAAAACACAAAAACCAAACACGCACAGAUGCAGUAAUGUCGACUAAAACGCGGGAAUUCAUUCACAAGAUUUGUAAAGAAGAAACUCCUUGGAUCGACAUGACGCGACACGGCUUUAUUGGCGACAGACGGAAGCAACUCUUUACAUUGUUACUCCAACCCCUAAGGAUGCAGCUAGAACGAAUGUGUGGGGAACAAAGUUUAGUAAAUAAUGAGACUGGUGCCAGCGCUAAAAAGACUAAGAAGAGAAGAAGAAUUCGAAAAAACGUUAUUAAAGCUAUAGAUUAGAAACGGGCUGUCAGUCGCUGUCACCGCGCUAGUUGCUUCCUUUAUCACUGUGCGACAGGCGCGGUGCGGUGUGUUCGUGGCUUGUGAACAGCAUUAAACUGAAUUAAAACAUAAUAAUGUUCUCUUCGUUGCUCGAUGCGGCGCGGAACUCUCCGUUCCGUGGCCCACUAUCGCCCGCCCAGUGCCAGUCGACGGUCGCGCCCGUGGCUAUCGAGCAGACCGGUGGCAUGGCGGCGUCUGCUGCGGUACCCACGGAGUCCUGUGAAUUUGGAUCGCCUAAAUAUUUCGCUCUUUGCGGAGUUGGUGGUGUUCUGUCAUGCGGUCUGACCCACACGGCCGUGGUGCCCCUCGACCUGGUGAAGUGUCGUCUCCAGGUGGACGCCGAGAAGUACAAGAACGUCGUGAACGGCUUCAAGGUGUCGGUCCGCGAAGAGGGCGUCCGCGGUCUGGCCAAAGGAUGGGCUCCCACUUUCAUUGGGUAUUCAAUGCAGGGUCUCUGCAAGUUCGGUUUCUAUGAAGUGUUCAAAGUCGCCUACGCCGGUAUGCUGGACGACGAGACCGCCUACACUUACCGUACCUUCGUGUACCUGGCGGCGUCUGCGUCGGCGGAAUUCAUCGCCGACAUUGCCCUGUCGCCCAUGGAGGCGGCUAAGGUCCGUAUCCAAACCAUGCCUGGUUUCGCGAGCACCCUCCGCGAGGCGUGGCCGAAGAUGGUCAAGAACGAAGGUUACGGCACGUUCUACAAGGGCCUGGUGCCGCUCUGGGGCAGACAGAUCCCGUACACGAUGAUGAAGUUUGCUUGCUUCGAACGCACCCUUGAGCUGCUGUACCAGUAUGUUGUGCCCAAGCCCCGUGAGCAAUGCACCAAGGGUGAACAGCUGGUGGUGACAUUUGCAGCUGGUUACAUUGCCGGUGUGUUCUGCGCUAUCGUCUCCCAUCCAGCCGAUACGGUUGUGUCCAAACUCAACCAGGACAAGACGGCGACCGUCGGCUCGAUCAUGAGCAAGCUCGGCUGGGCCGGAGUGUGGAAGGGUCUGGGGCCCAGGAUCGUGAUGAUCGGUACCCUCACCGCGCUGCAGUGGUUCAUCUAUGACGCCGUCAAGGUCUGGCUGAGGAUGCCCAGGCCUCCGCCACCCACGAUGCCAGAGUCCAUGCGGCUUCGGCUCGAGGCCGAAGAGGCCAAGAACAAAUGAGAAGCCUAGCUUAGAAAACUUUAACUAUACGCAACGAUGGACGAAUACGGAUCUAGAGACAUUCCCGGCGAACUAUUUAUUAUUCAACUUCAAUACAACUCGUGAAUUGUUGAGUGAAUCUAUGUAACGCGAAAUGUUUGACACUUCGUCUUUUCGCAUUAAAAGUUGUACAAUUUCCAAAAAUAUUCGAAAUUGAGUUAAUAUGUGGAAUCAUUUGAUAUGACCAGUAUUAAAAGAGCCUAGUAUAGUUUUUUUUUUUAGUUUACCUAUAUUUUGACUACUAUUAACAAAAUUAAUACAUAAUUUUAUCUCUUACUUUUAAGACAGGUAAUGUAACUGGUAAACAAAAAAAAUUGGUUGCAAAGAUGAUUAUUAUUAUGAUAAAUAUCACAUGUUACAAACUUUUAAAACACUCUCCUGCAAAAUUAGUCACUUUUGUUGAGAUUAUACAGUUUUAAUGCGAGAAGACGAUUUGUGCCUUGUGUCCGAUUUAAUCGAGUCAUUUCGUAAUCGUUCACCGUUGUGUAUUUAAUAUAAUAUAAAUUAAAUUAUCCCACUAGUUGCAAUCUAAUGUUAUCGAGUUUCCAAAUGACAGCGCUAUAGAACAAGCUCACACGACUAGUUAAUCUAUGUAUCAGAUAUUCACAUGAUAUUGUAAACUGUGUAAUAUGAUAUUAGUGAUAGAGACGUUUUUUUUUUUUAAAUUAAAUUCAUUAGCAAAGCGUUGUAGUGAAUUCGCGGGACACACCGGCUUGCGGUCCCGUGAUUACCAAUUAUGGAAUACCAGUUAUUAUAAGUGCGAGAAUCAUGUUAAUUUAUUUUGUGAAAAAUAAAAUUUUAUUUUUA